UCACCGCUUCGUUGCUUUGGGUAAGCUUCAUCCAAUACUUCUAACAAUGGAGGCAACUGAUAUUUGGGCAGAAAUCGAACUCUCUGAGAGUUACCUCGUGUCCUCUAUGUAUGAAGAGGCAAAGUCAUUAUCUUCCUCCAUACUGAGAAGAAUAUUUGGUAACAUUGAUGCCUUAUCCGAGGAAGCUCUUGGUGAUCACCAGUUACAUGAUAUGUUGGAAUCUGCUGGUAUGGUUUUAGUCCAAUCCUUGCAUGGAAUUGGCAGGACAGUUGAGAUUGUAAACGAGUUAAGAAAUGCGUUUGGCGUAAUUGCAGCUAUCCCUGUUCAAGUUUUUCUCACUGGAAUAUGCCUUCAAAUAUCAAAUGGUUCCUACUUGGGUGUACGUGAGAUUCUGGAAGAUUUUUUUAGCAUAUGGGUAUACAAAGACAACCACUAUAUCCUAAAUGAUGCUGGAGUAGAUGCAAAAGGGUUCCAUGGGAAAAUAUCUUUGGAUAUUGAUGAGUUUUUAGAAGUUGUGGAGCUGUAUACCUUUGGAGUUCUUGCUAAAGUUUCAGAUGACGUGGGCCUAGCCAUUUCAUGGGUUGAGAAAGCUGCAUUGCCUGAGGAAAGACGACAGGGGAUUUUGAGAAGAUUGCAUUCUUUACUGUCUCUCAAAACAGCAAACGUUCCAGAGGCUAGUUCUUUUGAGGAUUCUUCUUCUUAUGCUGUAGUGAAUAACAGCAAGUCUUUGUCUAAUGAAAAGAAUGAUAAGAUUGAUUCUGUCCUGAAAUUCUCUAAACAACAUGAACCUUCGCCACUUUGGUCAUCCCAUCCUCUAAGCCUCAAGAUUGGCAAUACCCAAUUUAGCAUGUCCAAGGGAAAGGUUGCCAUAAGCCUUGUUGGAUUAAUCAUAUGUUAUGCUUUGAAGAGAAAAAGAGCUGCUUUGGUAUGGAUCAUUCGCAGACAAAUGGAGUCCACGAGAAAAGCAUUUGUAGAUUUCUGGAAGCUUGCAUUUUCAUACCAGGUGAAUCCUCUCGCAGCAAUUCAAUCCAUACCAAGCAGCACAACAUGAGACAAUUGGUGCACAUUUCCCACCGUCUCUCGAAGACGAAUCAAACACCUGAUUUUGCAUUGAAAUAAAGGCAUAAACUUUUUAGCUCAGGCUUUAGCACACACUACAUUUUAGUUCCUCAGUGUGUGUUGUAUAAUUAGAUCCAUAUUUAGUUGUCUGGAAAAUGUUUUUAUAUGUUAAGCCAACACUAGCCUAUGUAAUUGUAAAAGAUCAUAUAUACUAAAGCAGUCUCAACUAUUUUCGUACAAUGGUUGUGUUAGAGGAGAUACUUUGUCGUGUCCCGGCCACAUCUCUGCAGAGGUUACGAUAUAGUUGCAGACUAUGGAACAACAUAUGCGACACUAGGAGAUUCACAAGAAAGCACUUCCGUGCAGCCGCGAAGUGACCUCUAGGGAUGGAUUUUUAAGGAGGUUAAGGCUCAUAGAGGUCACAGGUGCACUUAGCCACACAAAGUCAUGAAUAUCCUAUUGGGAUGGUCAUAUGAGAAAAUUUAGGUCUGUAUGCACACUUUCUUUCUUAAUUAUUGUUCUUCAUAGGUGUGUAUAAAUUGGCUAUCAUCAAGAAUGCAAUACUUUAUUAUUAA